AUUCGAUUAUUUUGUUGUGUCAACUGAAACAUUUUUGAUCCAAAUUGGAGGUCAGUAAUUAAUAUGUUAAACGAUCUACAAAAUACUAUUAACAUUCAAAAUGAACGAAUUUCCCUGUUAGAAAAGCAAAGGGACAUGCCAAACAUGGGAUCAUUGGAAGAACUACAGAGGAUUGUUACUGCUCAAAACAAACGCAUUUCGUCUUUGGAGAGGCGAGUCUAUGACUUAGAAGAGAUCAUUAUUAGCCAAUCCAAAGCAUCUGAAUCUCAAGCAAAUAUCACAAGCCAUAAGCAACCUAAAAUUUCUGUUUACCAACAAAUACGUCAUCAACAUCCUAGGACCAGUUUUAAUUUGUUUAAACCUCCAAACGUUUUCCAAGGGAAAGAAGGAAUAGCUUCAAAAAUAUCUGCAUCAAGAUUUACAAAAGACCCAAAGUGUGAAAAAUUAAUAAGGAGAGGAAGACUUCUUGCUCCGUUGACAACGCCUACAAUCCUUCCAUCUUCAAGCAAUACCGUGGCGUUCUAUGCGUACUUGUCCAAAACAAUUCCUGCUUUCGUUGGCCAUCACAUCAUUACAUUCGAUGUAAUGAUAACAAACGUUGGGAAUGGAUACCAUCCCCAUACAGGGAUAUUCAUUGCACCCCGAGCUGGAAUCUACGUUUUCGCAUGGACAGUAAGAAUGUUUGGGACGUCUUUCCACACAACAGAAUUGGUAGUCAACAGCAAUGUUGUUGGGGCAGUUUAUCUAAAUCCAGCCUCAAAUAUUGAUGGUAGUGUUUCAAAUGUUGUUGUACACGUUUAUAAAGGAGAUGAUGUUUACAUAAGAACAGGGGACGACAGGAACUCAGGAAACAAAGAAAGCUAUUCCUGGGGCCGAUCCUCCUUUUCUGGUUGGAUGCUGCCAUAG